UUUUUCCUCAAAACAAACAAAGGCAUUCAUCACUGGAAUCCUCGAUAUUUUUCAAAAGCAGCAUACCAGCCGCCAAAUCCCCAAGUGAUUCGAUCAACUGGUCGAAACACACAGAAGCAGAAAAGAGAAAUGAUAGUGAGGAAAUUCUCUGCUUCAAAGCUCAAGCACCUUCUUCCUCUCUCUGUCUUCAAACACUCAUCCACAAAUCUCUCAUUAUCACCUUUUUCUUCAAACCCCAUUUCUAAAACCCUAAACCCUAAUCCCCACUUUUUAUUUUCACACUCAAAGCUCAGGCCUUUCUCUUCUUCCCAGUCCAAACCCUCUUUGGCCUUCACCAGAGAUGGGAAUUUCGACGAAACCCUGUCCCAAUCCCUAUUCAUCUGCCCCGGUUGUGGCGUCCAAAUGCAAGAUUCAGACCCGGUUCAACCUGGGUACUUCAUCAAACCCUCACAAAAGGAUCCAAAUUAUCGUUCCCGGAUCGAUCGCAGACCCGUUGCGGAAGAGCCGGAGAUUUCUGAUUCGCUGAAAAAGGGAUUGCUUGUGGAGGAUGAAAACCCUAAUCCUAAUCCUAACCCCAAUCCUAAUUUAGUCGAGAAGCCCGUUGUGUGUGCUCGUUGCCAUUCGUUGAGGCAUUAUGGGAAGGUGAAGGACCCAACGGUGGAGAAUUUGUUGCCGGAGUUUGAUUUUGAUCACACUGUUGGGAGGAGAUUGGUUUCAACCUCUGGAACUCGGUCUGUGGUUCUAAUGGUGGUUGAUGCUUCAGAUUUUGAUGGGUCCUUCCCAAAAAGGGUGGCGAAGAUGGUUUCUGCCACCAUUGAUGAGAAUUAUACAGCAUGGAAGAUCGGCAAGUCUGGGAAUGUGCCUAGAGUAGUCCUUGUGGUGACAAAGAUUGAUUUAUUGCCUUCAUCUUUAUCGCCAACCCGGUUUGAGCAUUGGGUUAGGCAGAGAGCAAGAGAGGGAGGAGCAAAUAAGCUAACGAGUGUGCAUCUUGUGAGCUCAGUGAGGGAUUGGGGAUUGAAGAAUCUUGUUGAUGAUAUUGUUCAAUUAGCGGGGCGGAGAGGGAAUGUGUGGGCAAUUGGGGCGCAAAAUGCAGGGAAGAGUACACUGAUCAAUUUGAUAGGGAAGCAUGCAGGAGGGAAACUUACACAUUUGACUGAAGCUCCGGUGCCCGGAACCACAUUGGGCAUUGUCAGGGUUGAGGGUGUACUUACUGGGGCAGCAAAGUUGUUUGAUACACCUGGCCUUUUGAAUCCCCAUCAGAUAACAACAAGGUUGGCCGGGGAAGAGCAGAAGCUUGUUCAUGUUAGCAAGGAGUUGAAACCGAGGACAUACAGAAUCAAGGCAGGUCAUUCAGUUCAUAUCGCUGGGCUUGCAAGGCUGGAUGUAGAAGAACUGUCAGUAGACACAGUUUAUAUCACAGUAUGGGCAUCUCCUUAUCUUCCACUGCACAUGGGGAAGACAGAAAAUGCAUGCACAAUGGUAGAAGACCAUUUCGGUCGUCAGUUGCAGCCACCAAUUGGAGAGAGGCGAGUCAAGGAGCUUGGAAAAUGGGAGAGAAAAGAAUUUCGUGUUUCUGGGACCAGUUGGGAUUCGAGCUCUGUUGAUGUUGCUGUUGCUGGCCUUGGAUGGUUUGCAGUUGGCCUCAAGGGAGAGGCGGUUUUAGGCGUUUGGACUUAUGAUGGAGUUGACCUUAUCCUUCGCAACUCUCUGCUUCCUCAUAGAUCACAAAAUUUUGAAGUUGCUGGGUUUACAGUUUCAAAAAUAGUCUCCAAAGCCGACCAAGCUUCAAACAAGUCAGGGCAAAGCCAAAAGAGAAGAAAAUCAAGUGACCCAAAAGCUGCAGCCCAUUCUUUGCCAUCACCAUUAACAGCUAAUGCAGGCUGAAAUCAGAAGAAGAAACACACCUUCCAACGCCAACUAGAUGAAAUCAAAAGGAUAGGAUUUCAAGCCAAAAAAAGCCCCGGGGGGAAUGAGAGAACUAGCUACAAUCUCAGCUACAGGUAAUGACCCUUCCCUGCAUUUUUUUUACUAGAAAGGGGAAGAGAUGAUUGAUAUUUUGAAGCCUUUUCUGCUAACUAUGUGAGGCUGGGAUCCUUGUGUACGUACUGGGUAGGCCAUGGAAGAAGUAGGGAAGAUGAGAUACAGAAAGGCAAGUUUUGUCAGUUUAUAGAAAAGGCGUUUGUGACUUUCAAGCUUUCUCAAAUUUUGGAAAUUUCCUCCUCCUUGGUGACUCUUUGCUAGAUUUUUCAUUGAUUCUUUUGAAUGUUUCUCAUUGUUGACUUGGCUCUUGCCUGGAUUUCUUUUUUC